AUGGAUCGUUUCACUGUGGCAGGAGUCUUGCCUCAAGUACAAUCUUAUUAUAAGAUUGGCGACUCUAUGGCUGGUCUAAUCCAAACAAUUUUUAUUUCAUUUUUUAUGAUUGGUUCACCAAUAAGCGGCUAUCUUGGAGACAGAUUCAAUCGAAAAUUCAUUAUAAUUGUUGGAAUUGCCAUAUGGCUUGUUGCAGUAGUUGCUUCCAGUUUUGUUCCUGCUAACCUUUUCUGGCUGUUCCUCCUUUUUCGUGGAAUCGUUGGCAUUGGAGAAGCUUCGUAUUCAAACAUUUGUCCAUCAAUGAUUUCUGAUAUGUUCACAGGAAGUGCAAGAAGUCGAAUGUUUAUGCUGUUCUACUUUGCUGUUCCUGUUGGAAGCGGUCUCGGUUUCGUUGUUGGUUCAACCGUUGCGUCAUACAUGGGCGCUUGGCAGUGGGGAAUACGGCUUACAGCAGUGGCUGGAAUCAUUGCGUUGGCGUUACUGAUUCUAAUCGUUGACGAACCCCAGCGGGGCGCGGCAGAGAAGUCCGAUGAUAGACUUCCUUCAAAAUCUGGCUCGUAUUGGAAAGACGUCAAGACGCUGAUGCGCACGCCCACCUUCAUUUCGUGCACAUGGGCUUACACAACGCUGAUAUUUGUCACCGGAACCUUGUCCUGGUGGGAACCAACAAUCAUAAAACAUGCCGUAGCAUGGAAUCAAGGACUCAACGACACCGAACUUUUACCCAAUUACAAAAAGGACCAAAUUGGACAGAUUUUCGGAGGUAUCACUACGGUAGCAGGGAUCAUAGGAGUUUCAGCUGGAACGAUUCUCUCCGAGACGCUUCUUAAAGGUCAAGGCAUAUUCAGACCACUAAAAACUGAACGAGCCCAACCUUUGGUAUCUGGACUUGGGUCGCUAAUAGCGGCGCCUCUCCUACUUCUAGGAUUUCUCUUCGGUCAUCAGGACAUUCUCAUUCUCUGGGUUCUCUUGUUUUUUGUCGUAACUUUCCUCUCUUUUAACUGGAGUCUCAAUGUGGACGUUCUUAUGAGUGUUGUUCUCCCAUCGAUGAGAAGUACGGCGUUCUCCUAUUUUAUGCUUAUCUCCCAUCUUUUUGGAGAUGCUAGUGGGCCAUAUAUCAUUGGAGCGAUUUCGGAUGCUAUUCGUGGUGACGUGAAAACGCCAAAAACGCAGUAUAUUUCUCUUGUGAAAGCCAGUGCUGUGACUGUGGUUCUAUUGUGCAUAUCUGCCGUAUUGUAUUUUGUUACAUCUGUAACACUUCCCAAGGAUCAGGCGAAGUUCAGGAAACAAUUAGGUUUAACGGAUUGUGACCGGAAGGAAACAGACUCUUCAUCGUCGUCCAACGAGAAGCUAAACAGGAUUUAUAUAGAUGAGAGCGAACAAGUGUAA